AUGGACCCGGGAUUCACUGAUGACAACGCAACUUCGAGGUCUAGGGACUCGGACAAUCGGGCCCAGACUUCCCAUGUCAUUCGAACGAGAAACAGGGCAGACAAGUCAGUCUCAAAUGCAUCAACUAGUGUGAUCGUGAGGUUUCCAGGUAUCGUCCGAAUGAUCUCGCGAAAGAUAUCCGUGCGAUCGCGGGCGCGACCAUCCAAGUUUGUCACGCCCACCGCUUCGUGGUAUGCUUAA